AUGGCGACCCAGACUUGCCAUCUCCUCCGACUUCCGAUAGAACUUCGGCUCCAGAUCUACGGCUACGCGCUGCAAGACAACACGAGACUCACCAUCGGAAGUGCCGAACUCGUUGGAUCUCACCCAGACAUUGUCCAUCGUCUAUACGGGAGCAACAGAUCCCCAUAUCCUGGUCUACCAGUGCAUCACGAGCCAGUGACCGAAGCCGGCUUUAAUCCUUCACUCUUGUCGACUACGAAUCCGGCCGUGAUUCCUCUUACCUCUGGAACACAUCUACCACAUGGCGGUUAUGGCCAUUGCUUUACCGCUCACACGGCACUACCGCUUGUGAACAAGCGGAUAAAUGCUGAGCUGAGACGGUACAUCAAAUGCGUAACCAAGCGGACCACUAGCUUGUUCAUCUCUUAUCCACAUGGUCUACAUGUCCUCCGCACAUUGACGCCACACCUGUUGCGACAGACGCGGAGCAUACACAUUGCUGGCAACUACGUGAGUCGAACGUUCUGCCCGGCCAGAGCAGCAUGCAUGGGACCUCGUGGGCGGCUGCCCGAGCUGGACGUAAAGUACAACGCCAACGUCUUACCACAAUCCGCGGAGCAAUUGAACGACUUGAUCCAGUCAUGCUUUGGUCCCAAACCCAAGCAUCCUGUCACCAAACUCGAGCUUCGCAUAUUCUACCCUGGAGACGACAGCUAUAGCACUGUCUGGGGAGACGACAACUCACCGAUCGUGGUAGCACUACGUAAUAUCCACUGCGCACAGGUUGGGAUCGAAGUGUGGCGAGGGCGCGACUCUGGUACUGGCGUCUAUCUCACUGCUCGAGCCCCGCAGGCUGGCGACAAGAGACGGACUGUGAGCACGGUGUGGCGGAGACUAGAGGAAGGUCGACGAGGUGAGCCGAAGUGCGGGAGCUGGAUUGUCGAUCCGAAUUGGCCUGCAUGGGAGGAUGAUCUUGCGGCCAGUGAUCUGGCCGACGCUACAGUCGUGGACUAUCCGGUCAAUUGA